AUGAUCUCCACACCGUCAUCCUCCACGCGUCUUCCUCCGACUUCCCCGCAGGUCACUGCCUCGGUGGUGAAGUUUCGCUGCCUGUACACUCACGACCUCCGCCGCAAGUCCAAACGAUGGCAUGAUGGCUACCUACGAUAUCAUAAAUUCAAUAAACGUAUUAUGGUCUACGAUGAUCAGGGAAAUUUUAUCGGCGACCACCACUGGCGAUCUUCGGACGAAGUACAAGAUGGCGAUGAAAUGGAGUUGGACAAGGGAGUCUUGAUUGAGGUGACAGAGAACAUGGGAACCACGGAGACGGACAUCACCACACUCUAUGAAAAGAAGAAAUCUAGCCAGGGAUCGCCGCAGACCAAAGACCCGGUGUCCCAAGCCCCCUGCGCCUCUACCUACACCUCCGCCUCCGCACCACUUCGUUCCUCCGCUUCGUCGCAGUCAUUUCGCUCUCUCAACGAUUUGCUAGGCAUUAAAAGAACUCCAAUCGGACAUUUAGUGUCUCCAUACGAGGAAAGGAAUCCUCCGCGACCAGCCUCUAGCAUUCAGGAAACUGAACGCGCACCGAAGCGACAGAAGACAUCCUCGGUAUUGAACCGAAGACCCGAGAAAGGCUCGCACGCCCGGAGUGAGGUCAUUGAUUUGACCGAUCCAACCGAUUCAAAUCGGGGACUCCCCGUGAAGCAAAGGCUAUGUCAAGUGGUAAAAGAACUACCCAGAGCCGGGGAUAAUUCUACGGGCGAUGUUUUCCCAGCAAAUGAUAAGCAGAGGUCGGCAGUUCAAACAAAACAAAAUCGGCCACAGAGACCCAAUUCUCCUUCACUCUCAACUGUCUCCGCUUCAACUGUAUCUGAACCAACCUUCAGUCUACCGAGAGCCGAGGAAGUGGUUCACAUAGCUACGAAGGGUGCACAACCACCAAGAUCCGUCGGCCCCUCACCGAAAAGUUCUCUUAUUCCCACUAUACCCGCAGAAACAGACAUAACCGGGCCUCGAGGAAACUUGCUCGCGGAUCAAAUGUCAAUCAAUCGCGAAAAGCAAUCGAGAGUUGCUCCUCGUCCCAUCCCACUACAGAGGUCUGACCCGCCCACGGUUUCAAGAAGCUCUCCCCCCAUUGCACCCAAGCAGCCUUCGUCUUGUCGAUUUGCACCACAGCCGCCAGUGCGUGUAGUAAAAAAUUAUGUAAAACCCAUCGAAUCUGCGAACGACCAAGCUGCAACCAAAGUUCCACCCCCGGCUGACGUUUCGUCUCCCGCCAAUGUUUCACUAUCAGUUAAAAUACCACCCACAGCCAACAACUCAUCUUCAACGAAGAUGCCACCUCCAUCACGUCUAUCUUCGGUACCACACUCUGAAGCACCUACGGCAGCUCUACGCAUGGGAACCGGAAAGCCACGUAGAAAACUGAUGUACAGUGCCCUGCUGCCUGGCAUUUCCCGAACUCCGUCGCCGGCGAACUCAGAUACACCACCUGGUAGUGCAACCCGUGAACCCGCUAUAAUUAAUCCCGAGCAACAGUCAGUAUAUACUCACCCAAUAACCCAGAUUGUGAUGCUGAUUGCCCUGUAG